GAUUGCGGCCAGCUGAGAGGGGCUGCUGGCCAGGCCCCCCCCCCCCGCGCCCAAAUCCACCAUGAGCGAACUGGAGCAGUUGAGGCAGGAGGCGGAACAGCUGCGGAACCAGAUCAGGGACGCCAGGAAAGCAUGUGGGGACUCCACCCUGACCCAGAUCACAGCUGGCCUCGAUCCGGUGGGCCGGAUCCAGAUGCGGACGAGGCGCACGUUACGGGGUCACCUGGCGAAGAUCUACGCCAUGCACUGGGGGACAGAUUCCAGGCUGCUGGUUAGUGCCUCCCAAGACGGGAAACUGAUCAUUUGGGACAGCUACACCACAAACAAGGUCCACGCCAUCCCUCUGAGGUCGUCGUGGGUGAUGACCUGUGCCUACGCUUCUGGGAACUACGUGGCCUGCGGUGGUCUGGACAACAUCUGCUCCAUCUACAGCCUCAAGACCCGGGAAGGGAACGUCCGGGUCAGCCGGGAACUCCCUGGGCACACGGGCUACCUCUCCUGCUGCCGGUUCCUCCACGACAACCAGAUCAUCACCAGCUCCGGAGACACAACGUGCGCCCUGUGGGACAUUGAGACGGGCCAGCAGACCACCGCCUUCACGGGCCACAGCGGGGACGUCAUGUCUCUGUCUCUGGCCCCCGACAUGCGGACCUUCGUCUCGGGCGCCUGCGAUGCCUCCAUCAAGCUGUGGGACAUCCGGGACAGCAUGUGCCGGCAGACCUUCACGGGGCACGAGUCCGACAUCAACGCCGUCUGCUUCUUCCCCAACGGGAAACGCCUUCACCACGGGCCGGACGACGCCACCUGCCGCCUCUUCGACCUGCGGGCCGACCAGGAGCUCAUGAUGUACUCCCAUGACAACAUCAUUUGCGGCAUCACCUCGGUGGCCUUUUCCCGGAGCGGGCGCCUCCUCCUGGCCGGCUACGACGACUUCAACUGCAACAUCUGGGACUCGAUGAAGGCGACCGGGCGGUGGAGUGGGGUCCUCGCCGGCCACGACAACCGCGUCAGCUGCCUGGGCGUGACGGACGACGGGAUGGCCAUCGCCACCGGCUCGUGGGACAGCUUCUUGAAAGUGUGGAACUGAGCCUCCCUUGCUCUGCCUUCGGGGGCGCGGUGUGG